AUGUGCGAAUGGAGAUUAGUGGUGAUAUUUCACGUGCUGCUUGUGUGCUACGCGUCUUGGGCCAGGGAAAUAAAAUCCUUUGAAACUACCCUCGACAACCACGUGUCAUCAGGCAAUAGGACCCAGAGAUUUCUAUUCGACUCGAUUUUCGGGCUCGAAGUACCGCUUCUGGACGAACAGAGUGUAGAAGAUGACGAAGAAGAUACCACCCAGGUCAGGAAUUGUUCGUGUGAAUGCGGCAGGGCAAAUCCACUUCCUAAGAAAAUUGAUUGCGGAGGUCCGAACCAGGAAAACCGCAUAGUGGGCGGAUUUCCGGCUGGUCUCAACCGUUACCCGUGGAUGGUGAGGCUGGUGUAUGAUGGCCAGUUCCACUGUGGAGGGUCCCUUGUCACCAAGGAGUAUGUUCUCACUGCCGCACACUGUGUUAGGAAAUUAAAACGAUCGAAAAUCAGAAUAAUACUUGGCGACCACGACCAGACGUUGACUACAGAGAGUGCAGCCAUAAUGCGUGCUGUGACAGCCAUUAUAAGGCACCGAAGCUUCGACGCUGACUCCUAUAACAACGACAUCGCUUUGCUCAAACUGCGGAAACCAGUCACCUUCUCGAAGAUCAUUAAGCCCGUGUGUUUACCUGCAGCAAGUGUUGACCCAGCAGGCAAGGAUGGCAUUGUGGUGGGUUGGGGUCGUACUUCUGAAGGUGGCCAGUUGCCUGCGAUAGUCCAAGAAGUCCGUGUUCCUAUACUGUCAUUGCAGCAGUGCCGUGGCAUGAAGUACCGAGCAUCACGCAUUACUAAUAAUAUGCUUUGCGCGGGUCGAGCAUCAACAGAUUCUUGUCAAGGCGACAGUGGCGGCCCCUUGUUAGUACAACAGGGCGACAGAUAUCAGAUUGUUGGUAUCGUUUCUUGGGGUGUUGGUUGCGGUCGACCUGGAUACCCUGGCGUCUAUACAAGGAUAACCCGCUAUCUACCCUGGCUUCGAGCAAAUUUGAGGGAUACAUGUCUCUGCGCGAGUUAG